AUGGCGUGGUUUCAGUCUCCGGCAGAUCCGGUUUUCUACCUCCACCACUCGUUGAUCGACUUGCUGCAAGUAAUUUAUCUCAAGUGCCAAGUGGGCGGUACAAACGUGGUGCUCUCAGCAGCAGACAAAGGUAGCGACCCUCGGUGGUUUAGCACAUGUGCAAAAAGAACUACUGGCAACUAUACGAGCGAUGACACCAUCACGAUGCGCGCCAAUGCAACGGAUGGGAAAACCCUUGUCAAUGUGUGGGAGGACCCCAACAACAUCCUUUACCCAUUUUUCAAGGAUUUACCCAGCAAGUAUGCGGAUUAUUGGAGGACUGGCCAACAUGUAUCAAAACUGCAAAAAUGCUACCAAUAUGGCUGCGGUUAA